UUUCCGAUUGAAAGCCUGCGGCGAGGCGCAUGAUCGUUAGAUUUCACAGGUUCUGCAACAGCAAGAAUCUGGCUUGCAUUUAUAUUUUGCUUAUAAUUCUCCGAGCAACAGUCUCCGCCGAAUCAAAAGGGAAUUUGAGCCCGUCAUGGUGUUGCAUGACAAAUCUGUGGCUGAUUUAAACUCUCGUCUGAAGCUAGAGGAUCAUGCUGAUGAGCUGCAAUUUCGAGCGAACUUUGUAGUGGCCAGCGAUGAUAAUAUCGCAGCAUUCGAUGAAGACGACUGGCUUUGGAUGCGAGUGGGAGAGCGUACCAUCCUGAAAUACACCGCACCCUGCCUGCGCUGCAUUUUGCCGAACAUCAACCCGGUGACAUGCAAACGAAAUCCCAACUUCGAGCCGUUACGGACAUUGAAAAGCUAUCGCUUGCGCCAAGACCCCAAAGAGCCAGAAAUGGGAGUCUAUUUUAAUGUUCAGCAGAUGGGUCCAAUACGUGUUGGCGAUGCUAUUUAUGUGCAAUAUAAAAAUGGAGUGGAAAGUAGUUUUUAAAAACAAACUUUAUUAAA